GACCUCCCUACAGCUUUGCAGGGAACUAACCCACCUGCGGACAAAGCCUUGCCACCAACACCCGCACCCAAUACCUCCAAUGGUGCGGUCAACGGAAACGUAAGCGGACAGAAGCCGAACGCCAAUGCCGCCCCUGCCCCUGCCGUCUCCUCCGCUCCUCCGGCCAACGGAGCCGCGAACCCACCUCCUGCCACCUCCUCGGAAACGACGCAGCCCGCAGGCAAGCCGAAGAAGUCCGGCCAAGAUGAGAAGAAGGAGCUCAUGGAGAGAAUGAAGCCCCCCAAAGGUUCGAAGCCAACCGACCUUGCGCAGCAGAAGGGCGACCGCUGGGCCAAGGACCCCGUUACUGGCGGCAUGGUCCUCAUCCACGACCCCGAUCUCAAAGGUGCGUGUGUUUGCUGCUGCUUCCUUGAAUGAGCGUGGGCCAACACGCGCUGUUAGACUUCCGUGACAGGGGCCUCGACAACGAGGCGUUGGACCCUGCCCACCCCAAGACGGGCACGGCCGCACGCCGUCCGCCCUCGCCCUCGAAGAUGGACCCCAGCCUGCCCGCCCCUGCCCCUGCCGAGCCCGGUAACAUCUGCAACCAGCCCUUCCCGCCCGAAGUCGACGAGGCCGACCUCUCCGCGGCGCGCAGCAUCCUGCGCACGGGCGCGCUCGGCGCCACCGCGCUCUGCGCUCUCACCUGGCUCGCCACCGCCUGCAGCAAGCACGUCGGCUGGCUCGCGUUCUGCGUCCGGAGCGGCCUCAUAUGGGGCACGGCCGCCGUCGUGUGGGUCGGCGCGGAGAACGCCGUGCGCAAGGUCGAGAAGGAGCUCGACCGCGUCCGGUUCGGCCUCCUCAACAAGCGCGCGGCCGUGCACAGCCCGCCGACGCCCGAGUCCGUCGAGUGGCUGAACGCGAUCGUCAAGCUCGUCUGGGGCCUCGUGAACCCCGAGAUGUUCGUCCCCAUCGUUGACAUGGUCGAAGACACGCUCCAGGCCUCGCUCCCGUCCUUUGUCGACGCCGUGCGCAUUGCGGACAUCGGCCAGGGCACGAACCCGGUGCGCAUCGUGUCGAUGCGCGCGCUGCCGGAUCAGCCAGGACACCCGGAUUACCCCCGGGAAGAGUGGGUCGGCUUGGACCAGGACGAGGCGAGCCGCAAGAAGGCCGCGGCGGCCGAGUCCGGGGACUCGGAGGACCCUGCGAAGCAGAUUGACACGGACCAGACUGGCGAUUAUUUGAAUUACGAGAUCUCGCUUUCUUACCAGGCUCUCCCGGGCCAGCGGAAGAAGCUCCGGUUCCACAACAUCCAUCUCAUGCUCGAGUUUUUCGUUGGAGCGUGGGACUGGUUCAAGCUCCCCAUCCCGAUCUACGCCAUGGUCGAGGGCUUCGUGGCCACUGCGCGCUUCAGGGUGCAGUUCGUGCAGAAUCCGCCGUUCGUCAGGAAUUUGACCGUUACGCUCAUGGGUGUUCCCAAGGUUGAAGUCAGCGUUGAGCCGUUCACGAAGAAGCUACCCAACGUCCUCGACUUGCCGAUGAUCAAGAAGUUUGUAGAGAUGGGUAUCGCCGCCGCAUGCGCCGAAUACAUCGCGCCCAAGUCGCUCACGCUCAACCUCGCGCAGAUGCUCGUGGGCGACGGCGUGCAGAAGGACACGAAGGCGCUCGGGGUGAUCGUGGUGACGGUGCACCACGCGGUCGGGCUCGACGCGCAGGACUCGAACGGGAAGAGCGACCCGUACAUCGUGCUCGCGUACGCCAAGUUCGGGAAGCCGCUCCACAGCACGCGCAUCGUCCAGGGCGACCUGAACCCCGUCUGGGAGGAGACCGCGGUGCUGCUGCUCACCGAGGACGAGGUCAAGGGCGAGGAGAACCUGAGCGCGAUGCUCUGGGACUCGGACAAGCGCUCGGCGGACGACCUCGUCGGGCGCGUGACGGUGCCGGUCGUGGAGCUGAUGAAGGACCCUGGCAAGAUGCAUGCUCGGACGGACAAGCUGCACGGGUUCGAGGAUGCGAACGACAUGCCUGGGACGCUGCACUGGGAGAUCGGCUACUUCGAGAAGGUGCCGCUUAACAAGGCGCUCAAGAACGAAGAAAGCCCGAACGUCCCGGCCGUCGCCAAGGAGAAGCACGAGCAGGUGCAGGAGAAGCCUACCGUCGCCGACUCCCAGGAAGAGGCUGACGCGCUCAGGACACCUCCGGACCCGAAUAUCCCCAGUGGUAUUCUUAGCGUGACUAUUCACCAGAUUAACAAUCUUGAACGUCAGGAUAUCAAGGGUGCCUCUGGCAGCCGCGAAGGUCAGGCCGGGCAGGAUACCUCUGAGCCUGAGGAAGAGAGCGAGAACCUGCCGUCGAGCUACUGCGAGAUCAUCGUCAACGACGACAUGAUCUACAAGACCCGCGUCAAGCAGUACAGCAGCAUGCCGUACUUUGAGGCGGGCACCGAGCGCUUCAUCCGCGACUGGCGUGAGACCGUCGUCCGCGUGCAAGUGCGCGACUCGCGUCAACGUGAGAAGGACCCCGUCCUCGGCAUCGUGACGGUGAAGCUCUCGGAGCUGUUCAAGAACUCGUCGGAGGUCACACGGCUGUUCUCGUUGCAGGAGGGUGUCGGCUACGGACGCGCCAACAUCUCGUUCAUGUUCCGCCAGGUGGCCACGCCGCUUCCGCGGACGCUGCUCGGCUGGGAGACGGGCACGCUCGAGGUCGUCGGCGGGAUCCGCAUCGAGCCCGAGCCGGGCCUCGGCGGGGGCGGGGGCGGCUUCGACACGAAGAAGCUCGAGAUCUGCGUGACGGACGACUCGUACAAGGUGCCGUCGUCGGCGGCGCGCGUCGAGAACGGCGCCGUGCUCUGGGACCCGCCUGUCGACAAGGUGCGGCUGCCGGUGUACAACCGGUACUCGAGCGCGGUCGUGUUCGAGAUCGGCUCGGGCGGCAUCGGGCCCCUAGGGUCUGGGUGCGACUUCAUGGCCGCGUGUUGGUUCAAGGACGUACCCGACGACGAGGAGACGCAGAUCCGUGUCCCGGUCAUCAAGAGCCCGCACCUGAAGCAGCUCAGGCAGAAUUACAUCAACGAGCAGACGAAGCAGACGCACAAGUAUGAGGUUGUUGGAUGGCUGACGGCGACGGUCGUCCUCGAUUCGGGGUUGGAUCCUGACCACGAAGACUUCCAAAAGACUCAGCCCGACAAACACCGCUACGAAGCGUACGACCGCGUCGAGGGCCAGGCGCAGAUCGCCGAGCGCACGGCGCAGAUCGAGAACAAGGACGACCUGUCCAAGGGCGAGCGCAAACAGCUCGAGGACGAGAAGCAGCACCAGCUGGCGAUGCGCCACCGGGGCGUGAUGCAGUACCAGGCGGCGCGGACGGGCAAGUGGAGCAAGGAGGGACUCAAGAAGCGCGUGUCGAAGAUCAAGGGCAAGAUCACUGGCGGAGGCGACAGCGACAAUAAUCGUGGGAAUACUGUCGAGGCUGAGGCGUGAAGUGCAGGCGAGGUAAGCUACCAGCGAUAGAGACGAACUUGAAGAAAAGUGGUACUUUGGGCUGUGAUUGUGAUUCGCCGAUUCAGCAAUGGACUUGUACUUAUACACGAUUUUCUGUAUUCUGGAAUAAUCAAUUCAUGUUAUAUAAUGAUUUUUGCGUUGGUGCUUGCGUCUUGCAGUUUGGUCGAACGAGGCGAGACUUGGACG